AUGAGCGUUGAUGACAAGAUUGCCUGUGCUGCUACUGUAGCAGUUGACAUUCCUAAAGCUGUCGUCGUGAAGGACGAGCCAAAUAUCCCUAUGAUUAUGAGCCAUGAUGGUGGUGGUGAUGAUGUGAAAAUCGAAACAGCUGAUGGUUCAUUCAAUAGUCAAGCAUCACUUUAUAGUGAACGUGCAAAGAAAAGACGUUAUAAAGGCAAAAAGGAUAAGAAACCCGGAGUAACCGGAAGAACAUGGACAAAAGUUGAAGAUCCGCAUGCACCACGGAAACCACGUUCCGGCUAUGUGCACUUCUUAAGUUCUCGUCGGUCGAAGUACGGUACAGUUAAACAGGGUUGUGAUCAAAAAACAAUAAACGUUGCGUUAGCUGCCGAAUGGCAAUCGUUGUCGGAUGAAGAACGACGACCGUUUCUUGAACUUGCAACCAAAGAACGUGAACAAUACCAGAUUGAAUUGAAAGCAUAUGAAAAAACGGAACAUUACAGAGAUUUUAUGGAGAAGAAAGAACGAAUAAUGAGACUUCGAAAGCAACGACGACGAAUGGGAGUCGAUUCACAAGAUGAAAUUGAUGAUGAGUCGGCAGCGGAAGCACAAGGCAUUUUUGAGGAAGGCACUAAGAAGAAAGUAAAGAAUGAAAUCACGGACAAGCAGAAAGCCGGUUCUGGUGAGAUAAUUGUCCCCACACUACCGAAUUCAAACAUUCCAAUAUUCAGUCGGGAAUUUCUUGAAUAUAAUAAAAAUAGGGAAGCAAAACUUCGAUCCAUUCGUCGUGAAAUUGGUGUUGCCGAAGCUGAAAAAGCAGCAAUUCAACGAACUAUCGAGAAGAUGCAAGAGAAUAAUGUCGCAUAUGAAUCUCAAGCUGCUCAUGAUAAGAAGAUGGCCAAGGAAGCUGAUCACAUAAUAGAAUGUUGGAUGCGAGUUCUACGUGGUGCAAUGAGUGAAACUAUGAAAGAAUACAAUUUGUGCACUGCUGAAGAAACGGUUGCAUUCCUUACAAAACUCGCUGACGGUGAUGCUCCUAAUGAAGACGUUCUACAAGCCGUUAAAGAAGUAAUACAUAGUGCAUCAUUCCUUCUUCCAAAGUAG